AUGCCGACGGACCUUAUGCUGCCAAGGGAAAGCAGGCGCAAUCUCUCCGAGAAAUCGACGCAUUCCUGCGACAGCCUGGCACAUGCAGCGAUUCCCGGUGCAUCCAGAGCAUCAAGACAACUGCCGCGGACAAUGACGCCGGAUCUCUCGCCAACUACUUCCAGCCAGCUGCCACGAACGCUGACGCCCGACACAGCAGGUGGCAGACCUAGGCUGUCGCGGACGCUGACACCCGAAGUGUCGAGGCAGCUGAUGCGGCAGGACAGCAAGAACCUUCGCAACGUGGCC